ACAUGCUGAGAUCAAUCUGUUCAUUUACCUGCACUGAUCACGUCGAUCAAACAGCUCCAUUGAACAGUACUCAGCCUGCCGAUCCCAUUAGCCAUCAUGAAGUCUGCCGUAGUACUUUGCCUUCUUGUUGUUCUCGUCAGCGAGGUCAUGUCGAAUAAGGCAUACAACUCAAAAGGCUAUCAAGCUGGUAGUGGCUACCAGGAUGGCAGUUCCUACAAUGGCUAUUCCAACGGCUACAAAGACGACUAUAACAACGGAUACCAAGGUAACAAUGACAACGGCUACUACGGAGGCAGCAACGGUUACCAGGACAACAAUGGUUACGCUGGCGACAGCUACAACAACGACUACAAUGGUUACCAAAACAACGGAUACAAUGGAAAUGGCUACGGUAGUAACGGUUACAAAGGAGCUGAUGGCUACUAAAUAAAAAAGAAAUAGUGUAUCCUCUUGAGACCUACUUUUUGAGGAACAGAUUUCAUAUUAGAUAUGGCCACAUCCUAGAUUUAGUAGAACUAAUAAAUUGUUACUAAAUCCAA